UAUACACCCGCCGUUAAACCAAAGAAGGAGUUGCGCGAGCUUAGAACAACAACAGCUGCCAGUUCAAUGUCAAGCGUCAAGCCUUCCAUGUCUGAACCCAAGUCCCCGGGUUCUUACUGUGGUGUUCCAGCCCAGAGAAGCUCACAGUGGGGUCCAGAGAUGGUCUUAGUGAAGCUGGAAGACUGCAGCCAACCACUGGAACUCAAUGUGAUAGUCAAAGAGGAGGAGGAGGAGAGAGGGAUUAAAGAGGAGGAGGAGGAUAGAGCAUUCAAAGAGGAGGAGGAGGAGAGAGAAGUCAAAGAAGAGGUAGAGAUUAAAGAGGAGGUGGAGGAGGAGAGAGCAUUCACAGAGGAGGAGGCAGAGGACAGAGCAUUCAAAGAGGAGGAGGCAGAGGAGAGAGCAUUCAAAGAGGAGGUGGAGGAGGAGAGAGCAUUCAAAGAGGAGGAGGCGGAGGAGAGCGCAUUCAAAGAGGAGGUGGAGGAGGAGAGAGCAUUCACAGAAGUGGAGAACAGGGAAGAGGAGGAAGAAGUAGAUGGGAACACUGACCCAGGAGAGAUCUCCAACCCAGGUUCAGACAGUGAGCCCAGUUCCACAGCAUCAGGAAACCAUAAACACAGACAGAGGAACUCAAGACAGAAACAUCACCACUGCAUGGACUGCUUCACUAGUUUCUAUGAUCCAGAGGAGUUGAGAAGACACACUUGUAGGCCCCAACCCUGCUCAGAUUGCAGAGGCAGCUUUAUUUGUCCAACUCACCUCAAAUCAAAACAGACUCAAAAAAGGAGGAAGGUGUACUCAUGUGGUCAAUGUGGGAAGAGAUUUCAAACACCAAGCAAACUCAAGACGCACGAGAGAACUCACACAGGAGAGAAGCCAUACCACUGCUCUGUUUGUGGGAAGGGUUUCAGUCAGUCGAACCAACUAAAGACACACCAGAGAACUCACACAGGACAGAAGCCAUACCACUGCUCUCAGUGUGGAAAGAGCUUCAGUUGGUUACACAGCCUGAAGACACACCAGAUAACUCACACAGGGGAGAAGCCUUACCAUUGCUCGCAGUGUGGAAAGCGUUUCAGUCUGGUAGGAAACCUAAAGAGACACCACCUAACCCACACACUAGAGAAGCCUUACCGAUGCUCUCAUUGUGGGAAGAGUUUCAGUCAGUUACACCAUCUAAAGACACACCAGUUAAUUCACACAGGAGAGAAACCAUAUCACUGCUCUCAAUGUGGGAAGAGUUUCAGUCAUCCAAAAGACUUAAAGUCGCACCAGAGAACUCACACAGGAGAGAAGCCAUUCCACUGCUCCCAAUGUGGAAAGAGUUUCAGCCAGUUAUCAACUCUGAAAAAACACCAGCUAACGCACACAGGAGAGAAGCCUUACCACUGCUCUCAAUGUGGGAAGCGUUUCACCAGGUUAUAUCAACUGAAAGCACACCAGAUAACGCACACAGAAGAGAAACCUUACCACUGCUCUCAAUGUGGUGAUAGUUUCACCAGUGCAUAUUUCCUAAAGAAACACCAGCUAAUUCACACGGGUGAAAAGCCAUUCCACUGCUCCCAGUGUGGGAAGAAUUUCAGUCAUUCAUCAACUUUGAAGACACAUCAGAUAACUCACUCAGGAGAGAAGCCUCACCACUGCUCUCAGUGUGGGAAGAGUUUUGGUCAUUCAUCAACUCUCAAGACACAUCAGAUAACUCACUCAGGAGAGAAGCCUCACCUCUGCUCUCAGUGUGGGAAGAGUUUCAGCCAGUCAUCAACUUUGAAGAAACAUCAGAGAACUCACUCAGGAGGAAAGCUGUGUCAUCAGAGCUGAAGACACUAGCUUAUUCACAUAGGGGAGAAGCCUAAACUCUGCUGUCAAUAUGGGGAUAGUUUCACCAGUUUAUAUUAAUAAAAUAUAACACCAACAAAUUAUGACUAACAAUAACUUACCUGGUUACUUAAAGGGGGUUAAAACUCGCAAAGGAGUGUGGAACAUGCUGUCUGUGUGGAAAGCUUCGGUCAGUCAUCAGAUUUGAAGACACAGCAUUUAACUCGCACAGUAGAGAAGCCUUACUGUGUUCGGGAGUUGUUUGAAUAUUGUUUAUUGAAAUGAAGCUGCUAUGUUCACAAUAAGCCAUUAUCAUCAUGUCACUUUUUCAGGAAUCAGCAAAAAGUCAGCACUGCAGAGAAAAGGCAGUUUUACAGAAACUGUAUGUAUUUUGUUGGUGCUUAAAACAGACAUGGCUUGUCAAUGUCAGUAUGUCCACUAUACAGCUGUCUUUUUGGGAAUGCAAUACUUUCUAUACCAGCAGACCUUCCGCAGCCACAACGGACAAUUCAGUGAAGUUGUAUUUGCCAUUGUGGAAUCCAUAGCUAAUAUCUGUCCAUAGAGAAUCCUCAGUAAUCAGACAUCAUAUAUUCUAGUUGGAUUUCUAUAAUCACAUUUUUUUAAGUUGAAAAAUGUAUAUAAUUUAGUCACAAAAAAUGUAUGCAAACAAAAACUUCUAAUUAGAGGAAUAUAACCAAAAAUGAAUAAACAUAUUGUAUUUAAUUUACUCA